AUGCCUCCCUCGUCGAUGUAUAGUAAGGAUGAAAAGGUCCUUUGCUUCCAUCAUGAGAUCCUCUAUGAUGCAAAAAUCCUUGAAGUGAGACAUAAGGAUCUUACCGACAAGAAAAGCCCUCUCGAGUACCUCGUUCACUACAAGGGCUGGAAGAAUACCUGGGAUGACUGGGUUCUCGAAGAUCGCCUUCGAAAAGCGAGCGAGGAGAACCGUGAGCUGGCGGCCAACCUCCGCCGUGAGGUCGAGGCCUCGGUGCGUUCGAAGAACGCGAAGCCCGCGUCCAAGAAGCGCGCAAUGUCUGACCGCAGCUCCAUGCGUGACAGUGAAGAGCGUGGCAACUCGGUGCCCGGCCGCGCCAACAAGCGUGCCCGUGGCGAUAACGAAAUCGAGAAGGUAUGUAUUGAUGUUCUCUGCGCUCUCAUCCUAUUCCAAAUCGCUUCCCAGCGCAUCUUCUCCCCUCCCACGCCAUAUCAUCUCUCUCUUCAAUCCCUGCCAUUUCCAAACCGCAACAUCUUACAGCCAUGCCCAUUGAAAACAAAAACCCGAAUUCUCCCCCCGUCAUCCCAACCUGGCCAUUUUCGCGCGGUCCUAAAUGGCCAUUUUCGCCAUAAUCUUGUCACUAGUCUGACUACACGGUAUGAAAGUCUUGCUAACAAUAUCCCUGUUGAACAUGAACAGGAGGAGGCCUUCAAUGCGCGGCCCUCGAUCCGGAUUGUUAUGCCCGACAACCUGAAGGCUUUGAUCGUUGAUGACUGGGAACGCUGCACGAAGAACGGUCUAAUUGUCGCCCUGCCCGCCCCCAAACCCGUCCGCGCCAUAAUGCAGGAAUGGCGCGAUGAGGAAGUCGUCAAGCGCGCAGAGAAGAAGAUCGACGUGGAAGUUCUCGACGAGGUCAUUGCUGGCAUUCUCGAGUAUUUCGACACCAUGCUCGAUAAGCUCCUCCUCUACCGCUACGAGCGCCCACAGUACCGUACUUUCCGGAAGAAGUACCAGGCUAUCGCCGGUCAGGGCCCCGUCGACAUCUACGGUGCUGAGCACCUUAUUCGUCUCUUCAGUCUUCUCCCUGAGCUUCUCGCUCAGACCAACAUGGACCUACAGGCCACCCAUCGCCUGCGUGAAGAACUCUCCAAGUUCUCACUCUGGCUCUCCAAGAACUCAGAAAAGUACUUCCGCACUGAGUAUACCUCAGCAGAGGAGUUCGUUGCCAAACAGGCCAAGUCUUCCCGCUGA